AUGAAUCGACCGCGAGGACCACGGACACCACCAAUGCCACCGUGCGAAGAAGAAGUCCCGCCACCGCCAGCAAUACCUCCACCAAUCGCUCCGAUUCCUGCUCCUGCAACUUAUCCGCCGCAAGUUCCUGUCGUUGCACCUGCACCAUAUGCAGCACCACCGGUGAUGUCGUAUCCAUUUUUUCCACCACCUAUGUUCUUCCCUGGAUGUCCGCCGAUUCCACCUAUGCCACCAAUGAUGCCACAGUGUUCAACAAUUGUUCAGCCAGCAAUGGCUCCGCCUACAGCACAAGUGAAGCUUACGAUCUCAGACUUUCCAUCACAAAAAUCACACAAAAAAGAAGUGCCGAUGAAUGAAGAGAGAAGAUUGGAGAUUGAAAGAAAGAUAGAAGAACAGAUCCGUAAAGAGCAGGAACGAAGGCGACUAUUAGAAUUGAAAAAGGCAUACUGUGAAGCUAGAGUAAUGUUUGACAAUACUUAA